GUAAAAACGCACAGAGACCACAACAUUCCAGUCCUUUCUCGCAGUACUUUUAAUUCACAGAGCCUCCCCCCACCAAAAAAAAACUUUAAAAAAAGAGAGAACGCGUGACCAGCGACCUCAAUUGCAUAGUUAUCAACACUUUGCCAGUCAAGUUGCUUGCAGACACCGUUUUUUCUUUUCUUUCCCCUUUUUCUUUUAGCAAUCGUUAGCAACAAUCUUACACAGGUAGACGUCGUGCAGUCAGCAAGAGACAAGAGACAAGAGACGAGUGACUAGUCGACUGCUAUCAGAGAAAUAGGAAUUUGAGAAAGAAUGCGAUUCGUUCAAUUUCGGCUUCUAGAUGACUCACAAGAGACGAUUCGUGUCGGCGUUUACGACAAGGACAAUGGCAACGUGCUGGACCUCAGCAAUGCGUUGCAGCAACCCAACGCUGGACCCAUCAACAUGGUGAAUGCCUUGGCCAAAUUAGGUAGCCGAGGUGUCAUGGACACAGCGGCCAGAAGUUUGGAAACGCAACUGAAUCAACAUUUGGACAAGUCUAAAUAUCAACUUUUGGCCCCCAUCACGUCCCCCGAUAAGGUCGCCUGCAUCGGGAUGAACUACAAAGAUCACUGCCAAGAACAAGGCGCCCCAAUACCUUUAGAGCCUCUCGUUUUCAGCAAAUUCCCUAGCUGCAUCAUUGGCCCGUUCGACAACAUCCCCUACCCUGCUGGUUUGUCCGAGGAACUCGACUGGGAAGCCGAGCUGGCCGUGGUGAUCGGCAAAAAAGGAAAGAAUAUCGACGCCUCUUUGGCAAAGGAUUACAUAUUCGGUUACACAGUUGCUCACGAUGUGACGGCGCGUGAUUGGCAGCUGAAGAAGAACGGCGGUCAAUGGCUUCUCGGAAAAGCUAUGGACGGUUUUUGUCCUAUUGGACCGUGCAUCCUGACAGCCGAUCAAGUGCCCGAUCCUCAUCGACUCGCCAUUUCGUGUAGAGUCAAUGGACAAGUUAAACAAAACAGCACGACCGCCCAACUUGUUCACGGAGUCUACGACUGCGUCGCUUGGCUUUCCAAGUUUUGUACGUUACUGCCCGGCGACAUUAUCCUGACUGGAACGCCUCCAGGUGUCGGCGUAUUUGCCAAACCUCCUCAGUUCUUAAAAAGUGGCGACGUCGUCGAAUGCGAGGUCGAAAACAUUGGAAUCAUACGAAACUCAGUCAUAUGAAGUCAACCCAUCCAACGUUUUUGGUAGAUCAACAGAGCAUUCAAAACAAGUUUAGUACCGAAAGCCCAUUUAGGUGUUGGGCUCAAUAAAAGAAAAAAUACAGCAAUGAAAAGUA